AAUUAAUACCAACAUCACUUGAUUUCAACUUAUGUUCAAAAAUAUGGGAAGAGAGUGUAGUAGUGCAGUGUAUGUGGUGGCGGUGUUGCUACUAUUUGUAGCAAUAGCCGAAGCUGAUACUCCACCCGGAAUAGCCAAUAAUCCGAGCCAUGCAAGAUGCUUGACCAAGAAGUACAAGCAUUGCUAUAAUUUGGAGCAUGUUUGCCCUAAAUUUUGCCCUGAUUCUUGCACCGUCGAAUGUGUCUCUUGUAAGCCUAUUUGUGGUCCCGGAUCUACUCCGCCUCCUUCUGAUGAUGGAAAGGACGAUGAUGAGUCCUCCCCACCAUCCAAAGGAACUGGCGAUGAUGACGGCAAAGGAAAGGGAGGUGCUGAUGGCGGCAAAGGAAGCUCUUCUCCACCAUCUGAAGGAAAAGGAGAUGAGGAUAAUGAUGAUGACGGCGGCAAAGGAAAGGGUGAUGAUGAUGGCGGAAAAGGAAAGGGAGAUGAUGAUAAUGAUGAUGAUGGUGGCGGUAAAGGAAAGGGCGAUGACGAUGGAAAAGGAAAGGGAGAUGAUGAUAAUGAUGAUGAUGAUGGCGGCAAAGGAAAGGGCGAUGACGAUGGCGGCAAGGGAAAUUCUCCUCCGCCAUCCAAAGGAAAUGGAGAUGAUGAUGACGACAACGGCACAGGAAAGGGAGAUGAUGAUGGAAAGACCCCUCCUAAACCUCCAACUCCAUCAACACCCCCUUAUUCUCCAACUCCCAAACCUCCUACUCCAUCUCCAUCACCACCUCCCGCUUCUCCUCCUCCAACUCCCUCAACACCCAUCACACCCCCGACGUCUCCAUCGCCACCUCCUUCUACACCCCCUUCUUCCCCAACUCCAACUCCAUCACCAUCACCACCUCCAGUUUCUCCACCUCCAACUCCCUCCACACCCACCACACCCCCGACUUCUCCAUCACCACCGCCAUCUUCUCCACCUCCCUCAACACCCACCACACCCUCGACUUCUCCAUCACCACCUCCUUCAACACCCCCUUAUUCUCCACCUACAACUCCCUCCACACCCACGACUUCUCCAUCACCACCGCCAUCUUCUCCACCUCCCUCAACACCCACCACACCCCCGACUUCUCCAUCACCACCUCCUUCAACACCCCCUUAUUCUCCACCUACAACUCCCUCCACACCCACGACUUCUCCAUCACCACCGCCAUCUUCUCCACCUCCCUCAACACCCACCACACCCCCGACUUCUCCAUCACCACCUCCUUCAACACCCCCUUCUUCCCCAACUCCAUCCUCAACUCCCACAACACCCACCACGCCCCCAACCUCUCCAUCACCACCUCCACCUACCUCAACACCACCUUCUUCCCCCGCCUCUCCCCCAUAUUCCCCUCCAGAAUCAGAUGCCGCUAGUCUAAAGAGAAAAAGAUGCAAGAACAGAAACUACCCUCAAUGCUAUGGGGUAGAGCAUGUAUGCCCCUCAUCUUGUCCUUCCACAUGCGAGGUCGACUGCGUCACGUGCAAACCAGUCUGCCAAUGUGACAUGCCCGGAGCGGUAUGCCAAGACCCCCGCUUCAUCGGCGGCGACGGCCUCACUUUCUACUUCCACGGCAAGAAGGACCGCGACUUCUGCCUCGUCACCGACCCCAACCUCCACAUCAACGCCCAUUUCAUCGGAAAACGAAACCACAACAUGAAGAGAGACUUCACCUGGGUCCAAUCCAUCGCCAUCCUCUUCGGCAACCACCACCUCCUCAUCGCCGCACAGAAGACCGCCGCAUGGGACGACUCCAUCGACCGCCUCUCCCUCUCCUUCGACGGCGAGCCAAUCCCCACCUUCACCGUCUGGAAGUCCGGGACAGCCACCAUCGAAAGAGACAGCGACACCAACAGCGUUGUAGUCGAAGUGGAUGGCCUUUUCAAGAUCUCAGCUAAAGUUGUUCCGAUUACUCAGCAAGAAUCAAGAAUCCACAACUACGGAAUCACAGAAGACGAUUGUUUUGCUCAUCUGGAGCUGGGAUUCAAGUUCUCUUCGUUGAAUGCCAACGUGAAUGGAGUGCUGGGGCAGACUUACAGAGAGAAUUAUGUUAGCAGAGUGAAGAUGGGAGUGGCGAUGCCGGUGCUCGGAGGGGAGAGGGAGUUCUCCGUCUCCAAUAUCUUCGCCACGGACUGCGCUGUUUCGCAGUUUCGCGGCGGGGAACUGCGGCAGGAAUAUGAGGAGGACGUGCUUGAGCUGCCGACCAUGAAAUGCGGCACUGGGAUUGACGGAAGAGGAGUCGUGUGCAAGAGAUAAGAGAUUAAAUUUGCAUUCUCUGGUUUACUCUAAUUAUGAUUAAUACAAUAAUAAUAAUAAUAAUAUAUCGUUUGGGAAGAAGACAUAAGAAGGCCAUAAUUACAUGGUUAUUCAUAAGUUUUUAACUUUUACUAUGCAAUUAAUAAGGUUUCAAUAAUUUCUUGUAAUUUGUUACAUUGAGAUAUUAAUUAAUCUCUGAGCAAUUACUGUUUCUUAUUAUUUCCUCAA